AUGGCCCCAACAAAAGAAAUUAAUAUUCAAUUAAAGCCGGCAAACCAAGUUGUGGAAGUUGUCAAACAUCUAACUUACGACUCAACUUACAAGUCGGAUGAUGUAGUCUUAAUAAACCUUGCUUGCAUGCCGAAGGCUAGACUAGAAAUUGCAUCUAUAUCAAGUAUCAUUCAAUACUCUUGCGAUAUCGUUUUAUCCGGCAUCGUGCAUGAUGUGGUUUUCGAUUUUUCCCGCGUCAGAAUGCCGUUUACUUGGCCAAAGAAAUCCAUCAGAGAGAUUCUUCACUCUAAUGCUUCUAGUCCAAUAGCAAUCGAACUUGUCAGUAGAGAUUGUCGAUUAAUCGUGUUCAAAAAAAAUGAUCAUAACCGUCGAGAUGACUAUUAUGAUCAAAUAAAAAAUUGGCGAAAGGAUUUACCGAACCGAUUUCACCUUAUGUUGAAUGAAUUGGUUGAAAAUGUAUCGGCUCACGCAAAAUUGGAAGAUGAUAGAUUUUGCUUUACAGUUGGCCAUCUUGAAAUUAUUUCUGGUACUCAAGUAUAUGAACAGCGUGGCAUUGCUGAGUGGAAAGGAACCAUGGUUCAUGGUGAGAUUAACCUUACCAAUGAAUUCAACUAUCGCCAUGCUAUGAAACUCUUCAAAGAACCUACUCUACUCAAAAACGAUCGAUUCCUUGUUUGCCACGUUCAUUUAAAUGUUUAUGGCCAACGCACCCUUCGAACUCGUGAACUUUGCGAGGAAAUAAUUCGCGAUCUUGAAUUAGCCGCUGAAAGAUCUCCCAAAAUAAUCUUAGAUUUCUUUGAAGUUGAUGAAAUUAGUCAAGCUUUUCGCGGUUUCCUAAAACAAUUUGUAGUGAAGAAUUCGAAAAUACAAAUUUUGAUUAUGGUUCCUCCAUCUGCAGAUGAAGAGCUCAAAGAAGAUUUACAAGAAUUGAUCGAAUUAGCAGCAAGGAAUAAUCCU